UUGUUUUUUUUUUUUUUUUUGGGAAAGAUGAUUACUGUAUAAAAAGGUCUCAAGUCUCAACCAUUCUCUUUCUCUCUCUCGCUCGCAUCACUCUUCGAUUUAACCGACGGCUUAAACUCUCCGGCGGUGAGCUUCACUGUAAAAGACGAAGAGAGCGAUGGAGGCUGGGAACAGUGACAAGGAGGAGUCACACGUUCUUGAGCUCAAUCUCAUCUCGGCGCAAGGACUCAAAGAACCGACGGGAAAGCUCCGGCGAUUGCAGACUUACGCAUCUGUCUGGGUUGAUUCCUCCAACAAGCUCCGGACUCGGAUUGAUCGUAUCGGCGCUGAGAAUCCGAUUUGGAACGACAAAUUCGUUUUCCAGGUAUCUUCGGACUUCCUCUCUAGCGAAACUUCCGGCGUUUCCAUCGAGAUCUAUGCCGUUGGUUACUUGCGGGAUCAUCUGAUCGGAACCGUACGCUUCCUCGUGAGUAACUUCCUCCCAACCGCCGCCGUGAAGGUCCCGUCUCUCGUCGCGCUUCAGAUCCGUCGCCCUUCUGGAAAGUUCCACGGCGUUCUUAACAUCGCCGCCAUGGUGAUCGACGCUUCUGAACUCCCGGAUGAUUUCUUCAAGUCCGUUCAAGAAAAAGUGGCGGAGAGCCGUCGGAGUCGAAGGAUGAGAAAGUCAAGAUCUGCGAUCAGUUCGUCGGAGAACAGUCUCGCUGAUGACGCCGAGAGUUCGAAAGAGAAUUCGUUAACCGGAUCGGUGAAUUUCUCCGACGACGGUACGGACUCGACGGCGUCUUCUCCUCUGCCGUCUCCACUCAGAGACUGGAACGCAAUUCGAAAUCUGGCGGGAAAGAAUCACAUGCGAUCGUCAUCGGACGGCGGAGGAUUUAUGUGCUGUUUCUUGAUGAAAUCGUCGGGCAUGUCGAGGAAGAGAAGUGAUGGACGGCUGAGAUCUGUUAUCUGAUUCCCACGGUUCAGAUGUCUUUUGGUUUAUAAACCACAUGUCUUCGCCACGUGCACCUCUAUCAACGGUUCAGAUCUCACUCAACCUUACGCCGUGUUGUUUAGGCAGUUAUGGCGGUUAUGAAACUAACAAAUUCUCUUAGUUUGGAAUUUUCUUAUUUUUGCCAACACUCA